AACCUUUCUUUUAUUGCGCAAAUUGCGCCGGUGAUUUGCGUGAUUCGUUCUCGAUUAUGAUUGAAAUAAAAAGUUAAACGAAGUUAGAAAGCAAUUAUUUGUUCAGUGUCCGUUAAUUUAACGCUCACACAAUCAUUAUGCUUUCUGAAUGAGAAAAUUAAUAUUGCUGACUAAUCGAUCGAUUGAGUGCCAAUUUGAGUGUCAAUUUGUGACAUGUGAGAGGACGUGCUUAAAGGCAACGAGAGUGACACAGUGGAAGUAAAUUUGCAUCUGUUAUAUUUUAUAUUACAAACAAAAUUACGCGAUGCAGAGAGAAGAGAAGCAGUUGGAUUCGGCUUUGGAGGCCAUUAUAAUGCGAGUGAACGACUUGAAGACCUCGAUCGCUGCUAUGAUAUUCAAGCUUGAGCACGAAUACGAAACUCUAAACUGGCCGAAUUUUCUCGACAAUUUCGCCCUCAUUUCAGGCCAUCUGACUAGUCUGUCAAAGAUUCUCGGACACGACAAAGCACCGAAUCUCAGGAAUCUAACAGUUUUGCCUCUACGCCUGAGUCCGGAGAAGGACGACGACCUGCUUCGACUGACUGAGGGUAGGAUUCCCACGUUCGCACACGACUUGGUACCAGAUUACUUGAGGACAAAGCUGGAGCCUCAAGCUGAGCAGAAGAUGAUGCAGUUGGAAGCCAAGGCUGCGACUGUUAACAUGGAUACUUCACACAAACAACUUACGCAAUAUACAAAGGUAAUUAGCCACGUGUGGGAUAUUGCGAACAAAGCGCGCGAAGAAUGGGAAAGCGAGGCUGGAGCCAGAGCGACGCAACCACCGAGUAGCAACGCUACGGACACUGCUGCCCUUUUGGCUGCUGUGUACUUGGGUAAAGGUUUGAAAUCAGACUCUAUGCAAAUGGUUCAAUCUGGCGUGAAUUCAGUGACAAACAGCAUGAUGGUAGGCAGACCUGGUGGUCAACAGCAGACACAGGGACAAGGACCGAUGGGUAAUCAACCGAUGGGUCAGAUGAACAAGGCGCCGAGUGCAAUAAAAACGAAUAUCAAAGCGGCAUCACAAAUUCACCCUUAUAGAUAAGAAGUGCAUAAUGCAUGUAUAGGAUUUUACGUAAUGAUCGAUUACAAUUCGGCCACUGCGUUUAUGAGACACGAUCGCGUACGAACGAGGGGACACACACUUGUUCAUCACAGGCACAAUGACGGCUUGCAAGCCCUGUUCGUGCAACCAGCACAGUCGAUCUCGUAGAAUCAAUGAUUCCGCCGGAAGUUGCAGCAUCAUUUGCAAUCCAGUAUAAAUUUCGACCGAUCUUAACUUUCCAUUCUGCUCUUCCCAAGUUUGUGUUAUGCUUUUCUCUAAUUCGUCGCGCGUGGAUAUUUUACCUUUCGUAUAAAGAUGCUUGUGUGAAUUAUGUAAAUUAUUAGUAGUAUAGAUCUAUCGUAAUGUUAAUUACCUGUUAACUUCGCGCCUGGUGCAAUAUUCGACAUUAAAUCGUAUCUUAAUAGAGA